GACGGUGGUUCGUUGCGGGCUGACGCCGUCCUACAUUUCCCAGCGUGCAUUGCGCACCGAAUGACUGCUCAACCCUGGAUUAAAACAAACCGAUCAGCUGAUGUAAAAGCAACAUCAUCUCCUCCCGCGGGCUGACACAGCAAGCUAACUUUCUCGCCGAGAUUAGUACGUGGCACCAUGCUAAGUUAUUAUUAGCCAGCGUACACUUUUGGACCGCGUAGAGGCGGCAGUUUAAUUAAAUCGAGUCAGUCGUCGUCGGCUGGGACUGGUAAACGCUGUGAGUUCAGCCGAGUGACACGAAGGUUGUUGUUUUCCUCCACAAGUACGACUGCAUGUAUUGCUAAUUGUUAAUAACGCAAUACUCGCCUUGUAUAAAAAUAGUCAUGGUCACAGGAGACGACGUGUAGCAACUUGGCAUCAACCCAUUUAGGUAUUAACAAGGCAAAAAGGAUAACGGAUGGAUAAUAGCUUGAUCCGUUUUUGGCAACACGUAAGCAAAUGACAUUUAAGAACACAUUUAACUACUUUUAGGAAAUAUUGUUUUAUUAAGGUGCUCACAUUACACACGGUAGGAUUAGUGUUAAAGGUAGUUGUGGCUGCAAACUCUCUAAAUUUGAGUAAUUAUUUAUUUAAAUGUAACGCCUUUAUUGAACUGAAUAAAGCAAACAUUACAAAUGGGUAAGAGACUAGGCGGAGUCUGAUUAGAUGUUAUGAACGACAAUCUGCAUCAAUAACGGACAAAAGUUAUUGUUCUAGUGCAAACUUGGAUUCCUAGAAUUUUCUCAAUCUCACAAAUUGUUCGAAGCUGUGCUGAUAGUCUAGUCAAGUCCUCCAUUAUCGAGCAUGAGCGGUCAAGGUCCAGCUGCAGAUAAAGGCAUGAACACACCGCUAGUCUGCCAGGAGAGUUACGCCUGCGGGGGCUCGGACGAGGCCUCCUUCGAAUGUGACGACUGCAGCAGCCUGCAGUGCGCCCGCUGCGAAAUGGAGCUCCACCGGCAGGAGCGCAUGAGGAACCACGACCGGGUUCGCAUCGCCCCGGGCCACGUCCCCUUCUGCGACUCGUGCAAAGGAGACGGCGGUGGCGGCUCGGUCACAGCCGGCCGGCUGCGAGCGUCCGUACGCUGCCAGGGAUGCAAGAUCAACCUCUGCUUGGACUGCCAGAAACGCACCCACAGCGGCGGGAACAAGAGGAAGCAUCCUCUCACCCUGUACCCCCAGGCCAAAAGUCCCCAGGAGAACAGCGUGAGCUCCGGGGAGUCGGAGAUGGACAUCCUUAAAGACCAGCUGGACAAGGUGUUCAGUUUCCUGUUGGUGGACGAGAAGGAGGAGAUGCAGGUGAAGGAUGAGGAGGAGUUCGUGAACAGAUUGGGAUGCAUCGCCGACGAGCUACUCAAGGUGGUCUCCAUCUUUGGGAACACCGGCGAGGGGAAGUCGCACACGUUGAAUCACACCUUCUUUCUCGGAAGAGAGGUUUUCAAAACAUCUCCGACGCAGGAGUCCUGCACGGUGGGCGUGUGGGCCGCCAUGGACCCGCUGCACCGUGUGGUCGUCAUUGACACGGAAGGACUGCUCGGAGCUGGGUCCAGCCAGGGUCAGCGAACCCGCCUCCUCCUGAAGGUGUUGGCCAUCUCAGAUAUCGUCAUCUACCGGACACAUGCCGACCGUCUCCACGAUGACCUCUUCAAGUUCCUGGGCGACGCCUCGGAGGCCUACCUGAAGCACUUCGCCCGGGAGCUGAAGGCGACCACCACGCGCUGCGGCCUGGACGUCCCGCUGUCCACUCUGGGCCCCGCCGUCAUCAUCUUCCACGAGACGGUGCACACCAAACUGUUAGGAUCAGACAAGCCGUCAGAGUCGGCAGACCGACUCCUCCAGGAGCGUUUCAGGAAGCUGGGUCUGUUCCCCGAGGCCUUCAGCUCCGUCCUGUACCGCGGAACCCGUACCUACAACCCACCCACCGACUUCAGCGGCCUACAGCGCAGCCUGGAACAACAGCUGGACAACAACGCCACCCGCUCUCCCCGCUCCGCCGGCGUCAUCUACAAGGCCCUGCAGGCGCUGAGCGAGCGUUUCAGUGGCGAUAUUCCCGAUGAACACAUGACUAGUAACUCUUUCUUCCCCGAUGAGUACUUCACCUGCUCCUGCAUCUGCCUGAGUUGCGGGUCAGGCUGUAAGAGAAGCAUGAACCACCUCAAGGAGGGAGCGGAACACGAAGCCAAGCAUCGGUGCCGCUACUCCGCGCAAUAUGACAACCGCAUCUACACGUGCAAGGCCUGCUACGAGGGAGGGAAGGAGGUGAUCGUAGUUCCCAAGACGACGGCCUCGUCCGACUCGCCGUGGUUUGGUUUGGCCGUCUACGCCUGGUCUGGAUACGUCAUUGAGUGUCCCAACUGUGGAGUCAUUUACAGAAGCAGGCAGUACUGGUACGGAAACCAGGAUCCAGUGGAAACUGUGGUCAGAACCGAGAUCCAGCACAUUUGGCCGGGGUCCGACGGCUUCCUGAAAGACAACCACAACGCCGCCCAGCGGCUGCUGGACGGAGUCAAGUACAUCUCCCAGUCUGUGUCGGAGCUCAGCGUCAAGCCAGCCAAAGCGGUCACCUCCUGGCUGACCGACCAGAUCGCUCCCACCUACUGGACGCCCAACUCUCUCAUUCUGAAAUGCCACAAAUGUACGGUGGACUUCCAAGCCAACGACACCAAGCACCACUGCCGAGCCUGCGGCGAGGGUUUCUGCGACGCCUGCUCCUCCAAAGCCCGCCCAGUCCCUGAGAGAGGCUGGGGGCUGGCGCCCGUUCGAGUCUGCGACGCUUGCUUCCAGAACAGAGGAAUCCCCACUGAGCUCCUCGAUGAGGCCUUGGAGGAGGAAGGCGGCACCCUGAUAGCAAGGAAGGUCGGCGAGGCCGUUCAGAACACCCUCGGCGCUGUCGUCGGAGCCAUCGACAUACCGCUCGGCCUGGUGAAGGACGCCGCACGUCCCGCCUACUGGGUCCCGGACCAGGACAUCCGCGCCUGCUGCGGCUGCCAGAGGGACUUCUCGGCCUCUCGCCUCUCCAUCCACCACUGCCGCGCCUGCGGUCAGGGCGUGUGCCAGGACUGCUCCCAGGAGAGGCGCGCCGUGCCCUCCAGGGGUUGGGAUCAUCCGGUGAGGGUCUGCAGUGUUUGCAGCCAGAAGUCCGGUGAUCUCUAGCAGGACUUGAAAAUCACGUGGACCCCUUUUGUCUCUGGUUCUUUCAGUUGCAUUUUUGACGGCAUUUCCUGUUUUAAACUGCACUCAGUCGAUGAAACUUGAAUAUCAUGAAGGACAGAAUCACGUUUUGAACAAUCUCCUUUGGACUAUCUGCUCCAGAAGGUCUAGAUUGUUGGUAGUACCAUCACAUACCAUUUGGGGGCUGAGAGACGCUGCACACCAAGGACUUAUCACCUGUCAAUGACAAGACUAACACACACACACAGUCAUUCACAGAUACCAGUUACUUAUCCCAUUAAGCCAUCAACGGGACUAUUAUACAGUACUUUGCAAAAUCUGCCAUAAUGUUAGCCAUGCUAUAAUGACUAAACAGUCAUUAGUGAAUUUUUAUGGGCAACCUAUCCUCUGACAAACUCUAUUCUAUUUGCUACUUUUGUGCUGAGGCCAAAGCAAUAAAAGUAUUACUUUAUUGCCAGCUUGGUGCCAAGGACUUUACUGAAGUGAAGGGAGGAGCUUCCACAUAUUUGUAGAUUUUUGAGGUAAACUAUCCCUCAUUAUUCGCUGACAAACUCAGGCCAAAUUACUAAAUGUAUUACCUUGAGCUAUCUUGAUGAUAAAGCAUGCUGAAGUGAGUUGAGGAGUUUAGACAAAACUAAUGUCUUCCCACCAUCUUAUCUUUUGUUUCUUUUUGUUAGUUAUCUAGUUCCAUUAAUGCUCUGUAGUGACAAUUGGGGGGGGGGGGGGGGGGUUAUAAUCCCAUUAUCUAGAUUUCUCCAGAAUUUAAUUGGUUCCUGGUCUGUGCAAAUACCCCCCUACACCCUUCAUCUCACUGUAUGUUUCAGAUUUGGGUUUUGUCUAUGAAAGUUACAUCUAUACUAGUUAGUGGUAUAACUAAUGUGGAAACCAGAGACUUUUGCACAGUACUGUUUUUGGUUCAUCUUGGUUAAGAAACCUGUUGGCUACAUCCUUGCCUUUUAAAUUUGUUUAUACUUUUUAGAUAACUACCUGGGGUACAUCCUUGCCUUUUAAAUUUGUUUAUACUUUUUAGAUAACUACCUGGGGUCAUUGUUUUACUGUAGAUGCAUUCCACACACACAAAAACAUUUAGUCCUAUCCCCUCUAAUAACCCCACAAGCCUUCAGUAGUUAUAUCCACAUUUUUAAAAUGCACCAAGUAGAAAAGCUUUAUGACUGUUAAAAUUUUACACACAACACCUUUUUGUUUACACCGUUGGAUGAACUUGUUAGCAAUACGACACUGUUGAGGCUGGACCCUCAAAAACAUCACCACUCACAAGCGAGAUCUUGGAAUGGCUUGACUCUUAAUCGAUGCAAACAAAUACGAGGUGUGUCAGAAAGGUUCCAGGACUAGUUUCACAAGCUCAAGGGUCACAUGAAGCGGACCCAUUUUGAAGAGAUGGACGACAUCCAGAUGACUGUGACCGCAAUGCUGCGGAGGAUCUGUGAAGAAUCUGUCUAGCCAUACAUGAA